ACUUAGUCCAGGAAAAGUAAAUUUAGCAUUAACAUUAAUUGGAUAUGAGAGAGAAGUUAAACCAGCAAUGGAAUAUGUAUUUGGCAGUACUUUAAUCUGUGCUGAUGCAGACUCAGCUAAAUUAGUUACUUUUCACAAGAGCGUUCAUGCUAAAUCUGUUACAUUGGAAGGUGAUGUUUAUGACCCCAGUGGCACUCUUCAAGGUGGAUCUAAACCUUCUUCAGAAGGAAUCCUCAAAAAGAUGCAGGCUUCAAAGGAGCUCAAGGAUAAGUUAAGAUUUCAUCAGCAAGCACUCGAUAAAAUAAACUUAGAGAUUAAGGACGCACAAAAGAUUAUUCACAAAUACAACCAAGUAAGACAACAACUAGAUUUAAAAACGCAUGAGAUCGCAUUGUUGGAAGAACAAGUUAAUAAGAGCAGUAGUUCACAGAUUAUUCAUGUUGUUGAGAAUAUUAUGUCCCAAAUUACUGAACAGGAAAAUAUAAUUGUGACAUCUCAAGAAAGAUAUAAAACGUGUCAGAUAACGUGUCAAAAGCUUGAAAACGAAAUGAAAGAAUUCAAAAGCAAUCGAGAUUCAAAAUUGAAAGAAAUUCAA